AUGACUAGUAGUGAACGUGAAAAACGUGAAGAAAUAGCGUGGAAAUUCCGAGAAAGUAAAGAGUUCGACUUGAAUGCUGGACGGAAUGCAUUUCGAUCGGAUACAAGCCAUGAAGAUUGCAAUAACGCUGAUGUAAUACUACGCCGAAAUAUGGCGAUGCGAUCAUUUAUGGAAUCAGUAGAUUCUGAUUUUCCACCCGCUCCAGAAUUGCCACCAUCAUUAAAUAUUGAUUUGCAAUACCCUGAAGAAGCUAUGAAAAAAAGCGAAACUACCGAAACUAUUAUUGAAAGAAAACCAAAGUCAUCAAUACAUGAAACCAUAAGCGGUACUCAAAAAUAUCCUAUGAUGGUACCUGGUCCAGGUCACGUAGAUGCUGAGCAAGAACUUCACGUAAGCUUACUGCAACAAGAUGACGAAGGUUCAGAAAGCGAUAUUGAAAUUAGCACAGCAAUGAUUAAUAAACCUACAAAUAUGCUUCAUUCCAGAAAUGUAGAACCUGACGUAGACCAUAAAUUUCUACGUCGCGUAUAUUCAGUGUCUGCCUUAGAACGACCACGUCCAACCACGCCAACUUCAUGGUGUGCUAUUGAAAAUUACGUGGAAAGUAACGUAAAAUCUGAUGACAAUUCUCAUGUAUCAUUCAAAUUAACUCCAAAAACAAAACAAAAAAUUCAUGUCAGCAUACCUAAUCAAAAUGAACGAAAAAGUCGUACUACACCAUUACAUGACUAUGAUCGAGAUAUCCUAGAAGAAGAUCCGAGAUAUCGCAAUGUUGCGCCCCCCAAACCCGUCAUCCAUCGUUGGGCAUCUACUGAAUGGGAAAGUUUCUUGGAUUCAGGUAAAUAA